AUGUCUGUUAGCCAGACACAUGAAAACUCGAAACAUGCUGUAGCAGGUGCAUUGGCAGGACUUGCAAGUGCAUUUAUUACAUGCCCCUUGGAUGUCGUAAAGACAAGACUUCAAAACCAAGGAAAAGCACAACCAGGACAAGUUGUUUAUCGUGGCACGCUUGGUACUCUCUCUAAAAUGUGGAAAGAUGAAGGAAUUCGUGGUCUCUACAGAGGAUUAGGUCCGACCAUAUUCGGGUACUUGCCGACCUGGGCCAUCUACUUUACAGUUUAUGAUUAUUGCAAAAAUUCAUGGGCGUCGGGUAAUGGACAACAUGACAAGGAUUGGGUAGUUCACAUCACAUCAGCCAUGACUGCAGGAGCAGCAUCGACUACACUAACCAACCCUCUGUGGGUUAUUAAAACACGUUUUAUGACACAAAAUAGUCUGACAGACUACCGAUACAAAAAUACACUUGAUGCCUUUGUUACUAUUGCAAGACAAGAAGGAAUCCGUGGAUUUUACAAGGGGCUGGGCCCAUCACUGCUUGGUGUCAGUCAUGUAGCGUUGCAGUUUCCCAUGUAUGAGAAACUCAAGUAUUUGCUUCAAACAGAUGCAGACGUCCCGUCUGGAUCGGUUGCCAUUCUAAUGGCCUCCUCUAUAUCCAAGAUGGCGGCUAGUAUGGCGACAUACCCUCAUGAAGUGAUACGAACACGGCUACAAAACCAGGCACGAAAGCCGUUUAAAUACCAUGGCAUUUUACAUGCUAUUAAAGUAAUUAGUCUUGAAGAAGGUUUUCGUGGUUUUUACAAGGGAAUGCCGACCAAUCUGCUGCGCACGGUCCCAUCCUCAGCCAUCACAAUUCUCACCUAUGAAGUUAUUGUUCAAAAGAUUGAUGAAUUUAAGAACUCAUGA